AGCUGCGGGACGGAAAUGAAAUCCCACUCAUGGGCUUCGGAACUUACGAGAUGGAAGGCAAAGAAGCCUACAACGCCGUCCGCUGGGCUCUCGAGGCAGGCUACCGCCACAUUGACUCCGCGGAGUGGUACUACAACGAAGCAGAGUGCGGGCGCGCGAUCCGCGACUUCUGCGCCGCCACGGGCACGCCCCGCGCGGCCGUCUUCUUCACCACGAAGCUGAUGAGCAACAGCGGGUACAGCGCGGCGAAGGCCGCGCUCCGUACGUCGCUCAAGAAGUGCGGCCUCGACUACAUCGACCUCUACCUCAUCCAUGGCCCGAUUGGCGGCCCGCAGAAACGUGCGGACAGCUGGAAGGCGGCUGUGGAGGGCAAGGCUGAGGGCCUGGUGCGCAGCAUCGGCGUGAGCAAUUACGGCGUGCGGCACCUUCAGGAGAUGGUCGAUGCAGGCGUCGAGUUGCCUGCACUCAACCAGAUCGACCUCCACCCCUUUAUGACGCGCACAGAUAUCGUCGAUUUCUGCAAGAAGCACGAGAUCGCACUGGAGGCAUGGGCCCCUCUUGUGCGCAGCCUUCGCUUCCGGCACCCGAAGAUCGUCGGGCUGGCCAAGAAGUAUAGCAAAGAUCCCGCUCAUAUCCUCCUCCGCUACUCCUUGCAGAAGGGGUUCAUCCCACUCCCGAAGUCCUCAUCCAAGGCUCGGAUCGAGUCAAACCUACAAGUCUUCGACUUCGAGCUGAACGACCAAGAGAUUGCGGAGUUGGACGCCUUGGACGAAUAUCUGGUGACCGACUGGGACCCUACAAACACCCCGUGAAUAGGCGAAAACAGCUAGUAUUAUACAUCAUAUUUGUACAACAACAUUACAAUGCACACGAA